GUGGUUCGGCAGUCCCAGAUUCAGGCACCGCCGAAGCUGCACAAGCUGCAUCUCGUGGCGACAGGCCUGAUGGCGUGGAGCCUCGCUGUGGGGCUUUGGGUUGGCCUGGAAGCAUGGCAGCUGUGGAAGUCCAUUUCGGCGUGGGAAAUUGGUGUUCCACCGCCCGAGGUUACCCAGCAAGCCGGGCGAUGCCCAUGCAGCUGUGCACAGGGGUCCAACGAUGAUGUCCAUUUGCGUCGGGAAUUCGAGUUUUGCACCGAAGGCGAUGCGUGCUUCUUCGGAAAGCAGUGGUGUGCCCGAUCGAUCCCAGACUUCGCGAGCUCAGCUCACACGAGCCAGCCAGUUCUGGGUCAGUGUCGAAAGGACCGCUGCGGUGGACCACGUGGCGUGGAAAGCUUUAACAUCACAUGUGACCGGUCCGUCGACCCUCCGUUUCACGUGAGCUGGCUUGUGCGGAACUUCCCGGAGAAGGUUCGGCGGAUGUUACGCUUCGGCGCUCCCGGAGUGAACCAUCACAUGAAUUCACCAGGUGGUGCUAUGGACAGGAACGGUCUCCAUGGAGUGAGUAUGACAGUCAGUGACGAUCUCAUCGACACCUUGAAUGCUCGACUGGCCCGCUUGUCCGUAGUUUGGCACAUUGGCUGCUGGCCGCCGGCUCGCUACCUCGUUGCAAGCGGGAUGCUGACCAUUGAGUCUGGAUGGAUUCGGCUGGCGGCAGCUGGCAUAACGCUACAGGUCGACCUUGCGCAUGUGUUGGUUCACAUCCGCAACAUGAGAGUGGAAAUUGCUUGCCCUGAAGGGAUUUUCACUCUUGACGGCUUCGGUGACGGGGCGCAGACCAGUGAACCGCUGACGGCAGCGUCGUUCGAUGUCCAGCAACAAACACAAGUGUCAGGAAUUCGAUGCCGUGGUGGUUGGGGCGUAUUCUGUUGGAUGGCACAUCGGUAUGCACAAGCUCAUGUUAUGUGGGGCUAUUUGCCGAUUGCCCUCGUCUACACCUUUCUGAGUUUCUCGGGUCUGCCCAUCGUUCAUGGAUGCGACCUGAGCCGGAACUCCUUCGUCCUGCUACCAUACGAAGACAAAGAUUGCUGCGAAGAGACAUACCUCACUGACCACAGCGGCUGUUUGAUCGGAGGGCAAUUCAAUGGAAGGUUCGUUCCUGGCCAAACAUGGGCUCAGGAUGUUCGUUGCAAGUACAACGAGGAGAUUAUGGCUUUCCAAGCCAAUUGCACGUCCAUUCCUGGGAGCUAA